CAUACCGGAAAUGAGAUGCUAACUCGUGAAAUGCUCACAUUCAGACCACUGACUCUUUCCUACUUCAGACCAACCUCAUUGCUUAAUUCAACAUCUGGCGCUGGUGGCCUGAGCUUUACCGGAAUAUUAUCCGGCCAGCCCUUUCCGAUGGCCAGCUUGUCUACUGUUUCUACCCAGAAUGAGGGAGCCGUUUCGGAGCCAAACUCAAAGUCCGCUCAGCCCCUGCAGGUUGCAAAGCGCCUAGAGAAGUUCAAAACCACAAUUUUCACCCAAAUGAGUAUGCUUGCCAUCAAGUAUGGUGCUAUAAAUCUUGGCCAAGGAUUCCCCAAUUUUGACGGGCCCGACUUUGUAAAGGAAGCAGCUAUUCAGGCAAUCAGAGAUGGUAAAAAUCAAUACGCUCGAGGUCAUGGCGUCCCUGACCUAAAUGCUGCUGUAGCUGCACGGUUCAAGAAAGAUACUGGCCUUGCUAUUGACCCUGACAAAGAAGUCACUGUCACCUCUGGUUGCACUGAAGCAAUUGCAGCAACCAUGUUAGGCUUGAUAAACCCUGGUGAUGAGGUAAUACUCUUUGCUCCUUUCUAUGAUUCUUAUGAAGCUACGUUGGCUAUGGCUGGAGCUAAGAUAAAGUGUGUUACUCUACGCCCCCCGGAUUUUUCGGUCCCCCUUGAUGAGCUCAGAUCAUCUAUAUCUAAAAAUACCCGUGCAAUCCUCCUGAACACACCCCACAACCCAACAGGGAAAAUGUUUACCCAGGAAGAACUCAAUGUGAUUGCCUCACUAUGCAUCGAAAAUGAUGUGAUUGUCUUUGCUGAUGAGGUUUAUGACAAGUUAGCAUUCGAAACAGAACACAUUUCAAUUGCUUCUCUUCCAGGAAUGUAUGAAAGGACUGUUACCAUGAACUCAUUGGGGAAGACAUUUUCACUGACAGGCUGGAAAAUAGGCUGGGCAAUUGCUCCCCCACAUUUGACAUGGGGAGUGAGGCAAGCUCAUUCAUUUCUUACUUUUGCUACGUCUACUCCAAUGCAAUAUGCUUCGGCAGCAGCCCUUAAAGCACCUGAUUCUUAUUAUGUGGAGCUUAAGAGGGAUUACUUAGUAAAGAAGGCCAUACUGGUGGAUGGGUUGAAGGCUGCAGGCUUCACCGUGUAUCCAUCUAGUGGAACAUAUUUUGUGAUGGUGGAUCACACACCUUUUGGAAUGAAAGAUGAUAUUUCAUUUUGUGAGUAUCUAAUAAAGGAGGUUGGAGUCGUAGCCAUACCAACUAGUGUUUUUUAUCUAAAUCCUGAAGAUGGAAAGAAUCUUGUAAGAUUUGCUUUCUGCAAAGACGAGCAGACACUAAGAAGUGCAGUUGAGAGGAUGAAAGAGAAGUUAUUGAAGAAAUGAAAAGAAAACCCAAAAGUUAAUCAGCAGGCACUGGCGUUACAAAAAGGGCUACAUGUAAAGUUCCACAAAAAGUAUAGGUGGCGAACAGCUGCUUGAACCUUCUGAUUUUAUUUGCAACUUUGCACAUUACAAGUGAACAAUUUGUUGCAUGCCCAUUCUCAUAUUAUUUCUUGUGUUAGCAACUUACCUAUCUUUUAUCUCUGUAGUACCCGUUUCUGUUGUUCGCCUGUUGUGCCUUGUUCAUUAGUCUAUUUGCUGCUGUCUGUAGUGUUGCUGUUUUUAAUCUUAUUACUACUCUCUACUGCUGCUGCCGUUCAUAAAUCUAUAAAUCCUUC